UCUAGUUGUCGUUGGAAUUUUUGUCUUAUUACAUGUCGAUGUAUACACUUCUUCACUACCCAUCAGUUCAAUGCAUGUUGAACUGUAAACAGUAGCUACAGAUAUAAUUCAAGAUAAGCAGUAGAGUAUAAAUAAGGGUAGCAUUUUUUGAGCAACUGAGUGUAGUCAGUGCCACUGCUGGAUAAACUUCAUACAUUUUUCUUGUUGUGCGAUUGGAUCAUUUUUACUAGAUAAUGGUAGACUCCGUAUUUCGCACUCGCUCUCUUGGAACAGCAGCGGAAGGUGUAAGGGAUCAGUAUGCUGAUGGUAAGGCGGCAAAGGUAUGGGAAGUCUUCAUUGGUGACCAAAAGUCACGUACCCAAAAUUACAAGGACUUUAUAGUGAGUUUGUUAAGACAAAACGGUUGUCAGCGAAUUCUUGAUGUUGCCUGUGGAACUGGAAUAGAUUCAAUAAUGCUUCUGGAAGAAGGAUUUGAAGUUGUUAGUGUUGAUGCAUCAGACAAAAUGUUAAAAUAUGCACUGAAAGCCAGGUGGGCACGCCGCAAGGAAUCAGCUUUUGAUAAUUGGAUUAUUGAAGAAGCAAACUGGUUAACACUAGCUGAUGACAUUAGAUACUUAAUUGGAGAAGGGUUUGAUGCUGUUGUCUGUCUAGGAAACAGUUUUGCCCACAUGCCUGACUCGUUUGGAGAUCAAAGGGAACAAAAGCAGGCACUUGCAAACUUUGAGCGUUGUGUAAAGCCGGGUGGAUUGUUACUAAUUGAUCACAGAAACUAUGAUGAUAUAAUUGCAACAGGAUUCACUCCAUCCAAAUGCAUAUAUUAUAAUAGUUCACAUAUGACUGACAUUAAAACCUCGAUAUUGUUUGUGAGCGGAAAAGCAGCUAUAGUAGCAUUAGAUUACUUGAUUGAUUUAGGUGAUGGAGAAAUUUCUAAUGAUCAUAAUUCUGAGCGCAUAAGUGAGUUUAGAUUAUCUUAUUACCCUCACAGACUUUCAAUUUUUCGAGAUAUGCUGAAUGAGGCUUUUCACUAUACUGCAAAGCAUACCAUCUACGGUGACUUCAAGCCACUAGAUCAAAUCAAAAAUCCAGGUUUCUAUAUUCAUGUUCUACAAAAAAGAGACGAAUAGAUAUCAAAUGUGAAUUAGUUCAGACUGAGUUAAAAUUCGGAGGAGUAAUUGAAUCGGAAAAUCAUCAAUACCUCGAAGUCUUGUUAUUGUUGUAAAAAAAUUAGAGUUGUAACAUGAAAUGAAAUAUACGAUACAUUUUGCAAA